AUGCACGGCCACCCAAAUUGGGUUUCCAUCGCUCGUCGGAUGGGCUCUCGGACACCCAAGCAGUGCCGGGAGCGAUAUCUUCAACACCUCGACCCAACUCUCAACCAUGGUCCAAUCACCCGCCAGGACGGCGAGCUGAUAGAGCAACUGGUGCGGGUGAUUGGCAAGCGUUGGGUCGAAAUCGCUCGCCGACUUCCGGGUCGCAGCGAUAACGCUAUCAAGAACUGGUGGCACAACAACGAAUAUCGUCGCAAACGCCACGAGAAGCGUUGUGCGGCGCAAAGGACGUCUACUCAUACCCAGUUGGAUGCCCCGAGGUCGAUCCCCCCGGCUCGGCCAUUCGGUCACAAUGAUCUCAUUAGGCGUGCUCCUUGCUCUUGUUGUGCGCAUCGACCGUUCCUAGGAGCUUGUCCUGCGCGGUGCAUGACACCUGACUUCCCCCUUUCACCUGACAGUCUCAUCUCAGGGAGGCCAUUCUUCAAAACGGAUGGCAGCCAGUCACAUCAGAGGCUGCUAGAUCAUCGACGCCCAGCUGUCUUGCCUGCAGUGUCACAACUCCUUUCUCCGUCCCCGUCAGAGCCGGAGACGAGAGACUGUUGCUCCGUGCAAUCACCAGAUAUGAACCCUAGGUCCUCAUAUGCCAAGACAAGUGUCGACCUCAUGAGGGUGCGAGCCAUACUCCCUGUCGAUUGUGCUUCAACAGGACCGUUGUCGCCCACAUUGCUCAGCCCAAUCGAGACAGAAUUGGGAGCCUCACAGCUUUGGGGUAUUCCCCCACGAAAUCAUGGCGAUAUUGCGCACCAUCUUCCGCUGCUCAACCCUAGAUUUCAUCAUAGAUACGGUCAUCCAAAGGAACCCAGUAUGGGCGGUGGCGCAUCGAAACAGAAAGACUCUCGAAUGGAUGUAGCGUCCUUGCUAGCUUAG